AUGACGACGACGACGACGACGACAACGACAGCGGCAACGACGACAGCGACAAGACGAUUCCUGACUCUGCCUCACCCGCGAAGCCACGUUCCAGUCUAUUUCCUUCCCUGUCCUGAAGCAAUCUACGAGCAGACGACGAUCGGAGGCGAGGAAAAGAACGCACGGAGCUGGUUCAUCUCCUCCUCCGGCGGCGGCGGCGGUGGCGGCGUGGUAGAGGACGCGGGGAUAUCGAAUCAGAUCCACACCCCCUCGACCCUCACGCUCCUCACGCCCUUAUCGCCCCUCUUCCUCGUGCUUUCCAUCCUCUCCAUCCUCCCCAACGGCCCUGAUGGAGAGGGGAGGUUCCUACCCUACGACGAUAUCUGGGAUCAAGCCGCCCUCGUCUUCUACCGCAGGAGAAGGGAAAAGUUCGCAGCGUACCUCGACUCCGCCCGAAAACGGGCCGGAAGCAACGCUACUGGCGGCGGUGGUACCGGUCAAGUUCAGGGGGAGGAGGAUGGUGGUGAAGAGUCGUGGGAGGAUAUCGUCUCGUUCGGUGCGCAUCCCCUCGUUCAGAGGACCGUCGAGAGGUGCUGUCAGGUUCAAUCCAUGCCGGACGGUCCGACGACCUACCGACUCUGCAAGUCCAAGGCCUACGCCCUCCUGGACGACAAGCUCACCCGCCUCGCGAGCCCCGACACCUUUGCGCGCGCACCAAACACCCUCUCCAGGUCGUUUGAUCGGCGGUACCAGGGUGCGCCUGGCACUGAGGCGUCGGAAGAGGCACAGGUGUUGCGCCGCCAGAUCGCGGCCGAGACCAUCAUGGGCUACCUUUCGCCCGACGUGGCGAGCGAAUGGUCGGCAUGUUCAGAGGUGCUCAAUGCGGGCGCAGAGGCGAAAGACGAGGCGCGGUAG